GUGAAUUUUAUGAUUAAUUUACAAAAUGUUUUUUAUUAAAAAGUUGCACCAUACUAUUCAACUUCACCCUGCUUUUUUUACACAAAAUUUCGAAACUUAUCUUACGGAAAAAUUAUAUAAAGAUGUUGAAGGGACUUGUACAGGAAGAUUUGGAUAUGUUAUAGCGGUAUUAGAUACUAACGAAACCUUAGAGAUUUCACAAGGAAAAGUUAUACCAUCAGUUGGGCUAGCCGAAUUCGAAGUUGCAUAUAGAGCCAUUGUUUUCAAACCUUUUAAAGGGGAAGUUGUAGAUGGUGUUGUAAGUCAAGUCAAUAAGAUGGGAUUCUUCGCUGAUGUGGGGCCAUUACAAAUAUUUGUUUCUAGUCAUUUGAUUCCACAAGAUCUGAAAUUCGAUCCUGCAAAAAAUCCUCCGUGUUAUGCCAACAACAGUGAGGAUUCCUAUGCAGUUAUUGAGAAAGGAACUCAUGUCAGAAUAAAAAUUGUUGGAACAAGGUUUGAUGCAACCGACAUUUUUGCAAUUGGAACAAUUAAAGAUGAUUUUUGCGGAGUUGUUACCGGAAGCUAAUUAUUUUUAUUUGUUUUUCAGAUAUAAACGGGAUAUAGUUUAAUAUUUCUAUUUCUGGAUUUGUUAGUAAGCUAGUAAUCAUUCAUUAGCAUUUACUGGUUCCCACAUCCAUGAU